ACAGUGGCACGAAUCAUAACAUUCACCAGAGUAACAGUUCAGACCAGUUGUUUAAUGCAGCAUAACAGUCAAGCAUUCCACUCGAAGGGAAUCGUUUUGGCGGCCGCCUGCCUCAUGCUGGCCAGCCAGUCAGCUGGAUAUACGAUGCAGGACAUGUGCGCCCAAUGGUCUGGCAAUGGAUAUAUUGGCAAUCCCUCCGAUUGCACCAGCUGGGGCUACUGCAAGGCUCAGCAGCUUGUGGGCUAUGGUACCUGUGGUGCAAAUCUCGUCUACGAAUCAAAGUCGCAGACUUGCCAACCAGCCUCCACCACGGCGUGCUCCACUAGCGUACAGAAGACAUGCAGCGCACUGAAGACAACUGGAUUCGUGGCAGAUCCCACAGAUUGCACCAAAUAUGCGUAUUGCUUUGGCAAUGGACAAUCCCAGACGGUAUCAUGCCCAACUGGUCAAACAUAUGCCGCCAACAAUAACACAUGCGUGUGGGGCCCAUCGUGUGCACAAGAUUCCAUCUGUCGUUUCAUGCCGAACAAUAUCUUUGUUGGUGAUCCGCAGAAUUGUGGCCAAUAUCUGCAUUGCAUUAAUGGGUAUGGUGUUUGGGGUUCUUGUCCAACGGAUCUAUAUUAUAACGCUGCAAUUGGGGUCUGUCAAAAAACUAAUCCAUGUACCGACACUGACAACGGUAAUAACAACAACAACAACGGCGAUGGUAACUCCGCUCUUCCACCGUCUACGAUAAGCACAUGCACAGCCGAAAAAUUUCAAUCUGAUGGUCAGACUUGUUAUGGAUUUUACUACUGCAAAUCAGAAAGUCAGGGUAUUUGGGGCUCGUGUCCGUUCGGCUUGGAAUUUUCGAGUGAGAAUCAAACAUGCGUUUCUCCCGCUAGUUUAGUUUGUGAGCACGACCGCUGUGCGAAUACAAAUUUGACUUACGCAGCUGUUGCUGGUACGAAUUGCCAGGAAUACAGAUAUUGUCCGAGUGGUGACAAAGCCUACUGUAAGGCGCCCUAUAGCUACUUUGAUGAGAUAAACGGGGUAUGUGUGCAGAAGAAACCAACGUACCCCAUUUGUGGUGAUGAUGAUGGGAAUUAAUAAUGGUAAAACAAACGUAAUUGCAAGUGCAGACAAAAUGGACGAAACAAACUUUACAACUGUUGCCUUAAAUAUAUGUUCGUAUUCAAAUAUUACUAAAGUCAAUUGCAUAUAAAUAAAAUCAGUAAGUC